CUCAGCAAUCAGUGCUGGUAUUAAUACGUCUCACCCUGGUGACUAACACUCACUUCUGGGUAUUUAAGAGAUAGAACAAAAGAUUCACUCAUUGUUAGAACUUGCUAGACAAAGGGCUGAUCUCACCUACCAAGAUGUGUUUUAGCAAGUGUGCAAGAUGUAUCGGCUCUUUGCUACUAACUUUGGCGAUCCUGUGCAUUGUGGCGAAUAUCUUAUUAUUUUUUCCUAAUGGAGAAACACAAUGGUCCAGGGAAAACCAAUUGUCCAGAUAUGUGUGGUUUUUCCAUGGAAUUGGAGGAGCCGGACUUGUUAUGCUGCUCCCAGCUUUUGUGUUCAUUGGCAUGGAAGGAGAGGAUUGCUGUGGAUGUUGUGGCCAUCAGACCUGUGGUAGAAGCUGCGCAAUGCUUGGAUCUGUUGUGGCUGCAUUAAUCGGAAUUGCUGGUGCUGGGUACUGUCUCAUCAUUUCUGCCCUGGCCUUGGCUGAAGGUCCCUUUUGUCAAACAAAUUCAGGGUGGACUUAUCCCUUUGCAAAUACUAACGCAAACUAUCUGAGCGAUCACUCCACAUGGUCCCAAUGCAAUGAGCCCCGUAAUGUUGUAGUGUGGAAUGUCACUUUAUUCUCCAUCCUGAUUGGCCUGUCUGCAAUCGAGAUCAUUUUAUGUUUGAUUCAGGUCAUCAAUGGUUUAAUUGGUGGAAUAUGUGGUGCUUGCUGUGGCCAACAGAAGUCCCAGUCAUAUGCAUGCUGAUGGUAGGAUCCAGAAGAUGUGGAUAUAAAUAGAAGAUGGGCCAUUUUAUUUAAAAUGUUUCACUUGUAAAUAUAAAUGUACAGAAUUCAGUAUUUCAUAAGUGUGU